AACACAAAGUGGGUUCUGUCUAUUUUUACACCUUCCCAUUUUACAUCCCUUUCUUUUUUCCCCCCUCUGUAGCUAGAUUCCUUCCACAAACCCCUCUCUCUCUCUAAUGCUCUCUAUCUUCUUCUUCUUCAAUCUCCACAAAGAUCUGAUUCUCUUCUUCUCUCCCUCUCUCUGAAAUGGCCAUAACUCUCCGUUCAUCAGAUCCACUUUCACGUAUCCAUCCCGAACCAGAACAACAAAUCGACCACUUCGAUCACCUCCCGGACUCAAUCCUCCUCCUCAUCUUCAACAACAUCGGCGACGUCAAAUCCUUAGGUCGUUGCUGCGUCGUCUCCAAAAGAUUCCAUUCUUUAAUCCCUCAAGUUGAGAAUGUCGUCGUUCGUGUCGACUGCGUUAUCUCCGACGACGACUCUUCAUCUCUCGUCUCUGACAAGCCUCGAUCCGUUGCUUCCGUCGCCGCUACUCCUUUCUCCGCCAUCUUUCGUCUCGUGAUCAAACCGUUACAAGCUUUGGGACAGUUCCUUAAACGCUCAGGUUCUUCUUCCUCUUCUUCUUCUUCAGCUUCUUCUUCGUCUUCUUCAGCUUCUUCGUUGUUGAUUAGUGGUGGUAUUGGUGGAGAUGAUGGUGAGAUUGAGCAAGGAGGCGUGACGCAUCAUUCUCCAACUCAGGUUUUAAAAAACUUCGAUGAGCUUCGCUUCCUUCGAAUCGAGCUUCCUAGUGGUGAAUUAGGGAUUGAUGAUGGUGUUUUGUUGAAAUGGAGAGCUGAGUUUGGUUCCACGCUUGAGAAUUGUGUGAUCCUCGGUGCUUCCUCUGUCAUCCCCGCGACGAACUCUGUUGAUCUUGGUACCAGUAACAACAACAACAACGCCGUGGUGGUGGAAGAUAACGGAAGUAUACCUGAAUCGUUUUAUACAAACGGAGGGCUUAAGCUUCGUGUUGUAUGGACUAUAAGCUCUUUGAUUGCUGCAUCUGCGAGACAUUACUUGUUGCAGCCGAUUAUAGCAGAGCAUAAGACGCUUGAUACCUUGGUGCUCACGGAUGUUGAUGGUCAAGGUGUAUUGUGUAUGAAUCGAGAUCAGUUGGAAGAGUUGAGGGUGAAACCCUUGUCAGCUUCUUCGGCUUCUAAGAGGACUCUUGUACCUGCUUUGAAUAUGAGACUUUGGUAUGCACCUACUUUGGAAUUGCCUGAUGGGACGGUGUUGAAAGGAGCUACCCUUGUGGCGAUUAGACCUAGUGAGUCCAAGAAAGAGGCGUGUGAUGUUUCUUGGGUUUCUUCUGCGUUUGAUGAGCCUUAUGUUGUUGCUGCUAAGAUGCUUGUUAAGAGAAGGACUUAUUGUCUUGAGAUGAAUUCGUUUUAAAAGCUGAGAGAUUUCACAAAGCCGGAUCUGAGGUGGUGAAUGAAUCACAAGGGCUAGCCAGGUUUUGAAAGAGAGACUACUACAAUGCAUAAGGAUCAGUUUUGUAUUAAGUGUGACUAAUGAUGCUUGAUUCAUCAAUGGGUCUCAUCAAUGCUAUCUCUGUUCUUGGUCUCUUGGAAGCUUCGGAUUCCGAUCUGCUUGGAUGGACCCCGGAAACCGCAUUCGCUGGCUGCUUUUUUGUUUCAGCUCGCAUAGCAAUCGUGCAAGAAGAGCAAGUUUUUUUUAGCUUAUAAAAAUCUUCAAUGUGCCUUUUUUUCUUUUUCUUUCAUUAUUAUGUGAAUAUUAUUUGUAGGUAAGAGACACAGUUGCUUUGCUUUCUCCUUGUCUUUGUAUACUUCUUCUUCUCCCAAGUUGUAAAAUAAAUAAUAUUGAGCAAUGUAAGUACUUUAUUACUUUUUACCA